AUGGCCAUUCUCAUCCUGUCCCAAGGAAAGUGCGGACUCUCCCGGUGCAUCACCUUCUACCUGGUGGCCAUGGCGACAGCGGAUCUGAUGAUUGUUUUCACCGAUGUGUUACUGUACACGGUUAUUCCCUUUCAUUUUCCGGGAACUUACAUGGACACCACUCCUGCAAUGUCUCUCACCCUCGUCCUGCUCUCUGCAGCCACUGAUAUCUCUGUCUGGUUCACCGUCACCUUCACCUUUGAUCGAUUUGUUGCAAUCUGUUGUCAGAAGCUGAGAACAAGAUAUUGCACUGUGAAAAUGGCAACAGUGGUUUUAACAACAGUGAGCGUGAUAUUCAGCCUGAAGAGCAUCCCUUGGUAUUUCAUAUACGAACCAGAGUAUAUUGUUGACAAUGUAGCUUGGGGUGGGGUCGUAUCAUCCAGCUUUUACACUGAAACCGCCUGGUUGGCUUUUGACUGUCUCUGUAUCAUUUUAACCCCUUUUGUUCCAUUCAUCCUGAUUCUACUAUUCAACGCUCUGACAGUCAGACACAUUAUAGUGACGGGCAGAGUUCGGAGGAGGCUACAGCAAUGCAGCGGCAAUGAAGAUCACAUUGACCCAGAGAUGGAGAAACAGAGGAAAUCCAUUGUUCUACUCUUCACCAUAACGGGCAGCUUUAUACUCCUAUGGAUGACAAACAUUGGAUUCUUUCUCUACUGGCGGACUGCUAGCGUUUAUGAUUACACGGGUGUCCAUGACCCAAACUACAUCACUGAACAAACUGGUUACAUGCUGCAGCUUCUGAACUCCUGCACCAACACCUGUAUUUAUGUGGUGACCCAGACGAAGUUCAGGGAGCAGCUGAAGAACAUGCUCAUGUGCCCAUUCUCAGCACUUGCUGUAUGGUUUAAAUGA